UAAACUUUCUAAUUUCUAAGAAACACAGAUGUUAUGUUUCUUCAUUUUUGGUCACUUUUGGUUACUUGGCUCAGUCAGUACAUAUUUGUUUGGCUGUUAACAAGCAACAACAUGAGUACCAAAAGAAAACUAACGACUUUAAUUUUACGUGAAAAGAUUGCCGUUAUCAAUGCGGUUAAAAGUGGCAUGAAGAAAAAAGACGUGGCAGCUCAUGGCAUGAAGAAAAAAGACGUGGCAGCUCAGUAUGGACUACCAGCAAGCACUUUAUCUACAAUCAUUAAGAACGAAGCCGACAUAUUGCUAAGAUACGAAUCAACCAGCAAUUUAUCAAGCAAAAGACGACGUCUAGCCGAGUUUCCCGACAUAGAGGAAUGCUUAAUCACCUGGUUUAAACAGUGUCGUGAUAAAAACAUAAGUGUAUCUGGGCCUCUAUUACGCGAAAAGGCCGAAGAAUUUUCAAAAUCAUUGGGACACAAUUCUUUUUGCGCCAGCAAUGGCUGGUUAAUGAAUUUUAAAAAGCGUCACGAACUUGUGUUUAAAAAAGUUUGCGGCGAAAGUGCAAGUGUCAAUAAUGAGAUAUGUGAUGAGUGGAAUAUUGAGUUGCAGAGUUUAUUGAAAGAUUAUGAACCAAAAGACGUAUUUAAUGCCGAUGAGACUGGCCUUUUUUUCAAGCGUUUACCUGACAAAACGUUAAUUUUUAAAAACGAGAAAUGCCAUGGUGGGAAGCACAGUAAAGAGCGAUUAACAAUAUUGCUAGCAACAAAUAUGACAGGCACUGAAAAACUUAAACCGUUGGUUAUAGGAAAUGCUAAAAAGCCUCGUUGUUUUUCUGGUCUUCAAACUCUUCCAUUGGAGUAUGAUGCAAACAAGAAAGCUUGGAUGACAGCCGAAAUAUUUAAAGGAUGGCUCAUUAAAGUUGAUAAGAAAAUGACGAAAGAGAAACGAAAAAUAUUGCUUUUCAUUGACAACUGUACUGCUCACAACAUAAUCCCGCCAUUGAAAGCAAUAAAAGUUAAAUUUCUUCCACCCAACACAACAUCUAAGUUACAGCCUUUAGAUCAAGGGAUAAUAAAGAACUUUAAAUCUUUUUACCGAAAGGAAGUGGUCAGAAAACUGAUAAUUGACAUGGAACAACACUCCGCUUCACCUUCUCGUAUUAACGUGUUGGAUGCAAUAAGGAUGGCAGACAAAGCUUGGAGAAGUGUGUCUGCGACAACAAUAUCGAACUGUUUCAGAAGUUGUGGAUUUUCGAUGACACAAGAAGAACCUUCGGAAGAACCUCUUGAGCCAGAAUCGAGCUUAGAAGUUGACUGGAAUAGACUUCAGAACAUAAAAGGUCAAUUUGAAGAUUAUGUGGAAUGCGAUGAAGGACUAGCUACUACUGGCACAUUAACUGAUGCUGAAAUCAUUGAUUUCGUUAAUCAAAAUGGAGACGCCGAUAACGAUAAUGAAAAUGACGAUGAUCAAACUGAUCCAGCAGAUAUAAAACCAUCGGUGUCAAAUAAAGAAGCAAGAGCAGCAAUUGAUACACUACGAACUUACAUGGAAAGAUAUUGUGUUCUCAGUAAAAGUGAGCAUUUGGAAUCCGCCACCACUAACAACAUGCAGUUAUUACAACGACAUUUAACAUAA